UUAGCUGUCUAGGAUGUAGCAUCUACCGUGAUGAUCCUACAGCAGGAAUCCCUGGGAGUUGGUGUCAGGAGGUGACCGUUCUGCCUGCAUUGUGCCACCCCAGGCACAGGGUCAUCCUGUGAGUAUCUGGAGGCAGCAUUAGCCUGGCCUGAGGUCUUCUGAGCUGUUUUGUCAGGGCGUGACUUCCAGUGACAACAUUGCUCUAAGCUGUGACACUACUGUAAGGGUCAGGCUUGUGCCAACCCAGUAUGGAUGAGGAGGAGUCUCAAGACAUUGGGUUCUUGCCAGACCUGGCAGUGGGUAUGGACACGUUCAUUCACCGUAUAGACUCCACUGAGGUUAUAUACCAGCCACGCCGAAAACGUGCAAAGUUGGUGGGGAAAUACCUAAUGGGAGACCUGCUGGGUGAGGGCUCCUAUGGCAAGGUAAAGGAGAUGCUGGACUCAGACACUCUGUGCCGCCGAGCUGUGAAAAUCCUCAAAAAGAAGAAAUUGCGGAGAAUCCCGAAUGGAGAGGCGAAUGUCAAGAAAGAAAUUCAGCUGCUGCGGCGCUUAAGGCAUCGGAACGUCAUUCAGCUGGUGGAUGUUUUAUACAAUGAAGAGAAGCAAAAAAUGUAUAUGGUGAUGGAGUACUGCGUGUGUGGGAUGCAGGAGAUGCUGGACAGUGUACCAGAGAAACGAUUUCCCAUCUUUCAGGCACAUGGGUAUUUUUGCCAGCUUGUGGAUGGUCUGGAGUAUCUCCAUAGUCAAGGUAUUGUGCAUAAAGAUAUCAAACCUGGUAACUUGCUGCUCACAACAGAUGGGACGCUCAAAAUCUCAGAUCUGGGUGUUGCGGAGGCCUUACACCCAUUUGCUGAGGGUGAUACUUGCAGGACCAGCCAGGGGUCCCCAGCCUUUCAGCCUCCAGAAAUUGCAAAUGGCCUGGACACCUUCUCAGGGUUUAAAGUGGACAUCUGGUCAGCAGGCGUUACCUUGUAUAAUAUCACUACUGGGCUGUACCCUUUUGAAGGGGAUAAUAUAUACAAACUGUUUGAGAAUAUUGGAAAGGGAGACUACUCGGUUCCAGAAGAAUGUGGGCCGCUGCUGUCUGACCUGCUGAGGGGAAUGCUGGAAUAUGACCCAACCAAGAGGUUUUCAAUACAGCAGAUUCGUCGACACAACUGGUUCCGCAAGAAGCACCCGCAGUUGGAUCGUCUUGUACCCAUUCCCCCUAGCUCAGAAACCAAGGACCGCUGGAGAAGCCUGACAGUUGUGCCUUACCUGGAGGAUCUACACGGGUAUAGUGAGGAUGAAGAUCUUUGUGACUUGGAGGAUGAAAUAAUCUAUACUCAAGACUUUACAGUUCCAGGGCAGGUACCUGAAGAGGACAUGUUUGCACAGACACAGGCCACUGGACCUACUAAACAGCUAUGUAUGAAUGGCACAGAGAACCAGCUAAAGUCAGAAAGGAGAGUGAGCUCUGCAUCCCAGCGCAAGGCUAGCACAUCAGGGGGCAAAGUACGUAAAUUGUCAGCCUGCAAACAACAGUGACCGAGGAGUCUACGCUGCAAGUGAUCCGUUCCUGCAGCCUCCUCCAAAUUUCACCCUUGAGAGAUUGUACCCAACAGAUGCUACAGCCGAACUGCUGCAGUAAAGGGAAAUGCCCUUUAAUUGUUCUCCUCUCCCCUUAUCCCUUCUGGACCUCUAGGACUUGCACAGUGUCCAGCAUCUGCUGCACUUUAUGACUUGAACUUACUUCUUGCUCCACUUUGUUUGUCUGGCUGCAUACCAUAUGUAUUAUACAUAAAAGAGGUGGAGAGCCCAUCAUCAGCCCUAUCUGAGCCCUCAUACACAAUAAAAUGCAAAAGUGGGGAAGGAAAGGGAGCACCAUACUCCUUUAUCCAAACCCAUCAGUUGUGUGUGCGCAUUCGGAGAAAAGGAGCCAUGUGUUACCUACCACGGGUUGUUUAUUUUCUCCUUAGUGAUUAAACGUUUAUUUGGUUUCCACUAGUUUCUGGUUCCUGAGCGAUGGGUAUGAACCAAAGGUGAUGACUGACUAGCACGCGAUGGCGGGCUGGUAGUUCAUAAAAAACACUCCUAGAUGUUGCUUGCUACAUCUUACAAACUUGAAAGGUGUAACAGGAUCGGUAUAACAGUUCACAAUGGAAUGCAAAUCUGAAGAACUACGGUGGUUUCUUACUUAUCGAUACAGCCUGUCUCUGUGAUACACGCGGUGUACGCUCAGUCAUUGUCAAUUAGUAUGUGCUGUCUCAUUUUAAUAAGGGGGAAAUGCACAGCAGUAAUGGGGAGAGCAGAAAAAAUUCUUGCACCUUGUUGUGUGCUACAUUGGAAUACAAAGGCAAGAUUGCACCAUCUCCUAGGAACAAAGCAGCUUUAGAAAAUAAAUAAAAUAAAUUAAUGAAUAAAUAUUAAGAUCCACACAACUUUUCAUAGACCCUACAUCAAUCUCACUCUUUGUGCCUGUACGUUCAGUUUUUGGGUAGGGAGUAAUGGAUCUGCAGCAACCACACUGAAAGCCAAUAUAUCAAUCCUAUGCCCCCAUUCCUCCAAAUGCAGGGUCCCUGAGGGCUUUCAAGAAGAAACUUCAUAUUGCUUGGAAGAUAACUGUACAUGUUACUGUGAAUAAUGUAGUGUGUAUGCUCAUGCUGUUUGUGGAAGUGUGUUCUAUAUGUGCUGCCUGUAUUUACAGCCAUGCUUGUGUUUGUAUGGCACAUAAUGUAGCAGUGGAUAAAAUGAGUGACUGGGUUGGUAUCAUUUGGCACUGCGCUAUACAGGAAGUGUUCCGCUUUACAGCUCAGUCACGU